AUGGUGUCAGUCCAGACGCCGAAGUCCCCGGAGCGGUCCUUGCCAGCCUUUGCGGUUAACAAGGAAGGUUUUAUCCCCCACCAUAACCACGUGCCUGCGUCUGAGGACGCUGCUGGAGGCGGAGAGGCAUUUGCCUGGACCCACCGCGGACCGAUGUAUCCUUGCGGCCAAACUUGGCCCAACGGGGGCGUGCCGGGGAUGGGCGACGGAGCACGAAAAGUCGGAGUGAACCAACCAGGGUUUACGUCUCACUACCCGGGGGGGGAACAGGCUGCGGGGCGCCGCCUCGAUGACAGCUACGGGUGCAACCCUAGGGAAGUUCAGGCCCCGUCGGGUCUCCGACAAGAAACGGAAAGAUCUUUCCCCCACCAACAGCUGCCUCCUGGCGCCGUGGGGAAUGCGACAGACACAGCCCCCAGAGGUGCGGCGGGUAGUCCCCAGACGAUGCACGGCCGCAUGUCUCACUGCGGCGCCUCGAUGGCCCCUGCCAACGUGUACUACGAGUCCGCGCCGUAUACGUCUCCAGAAAUGAACUUUGGCUCUUCCUUCUCUCCGUCGUUUUCCACUCCCGCAACGUACACUCAGUGCUCUGCCGUCCAGUCUGUCCAGUCUCAACAGUGCUUUCCUGCGCCCUACUCCUUCCCGGUGGCCGCCGACGCGUACUGCCCAGCCUCGUCUUCCUUUCCCUCUCUUUCGUUCUCUCGCUCUCAAGACCCCGCGGCGAGCUCGCCGGCGUCGCCUCAACCUGGACCUCCCCAAGAGACGCAACUCCCCAGCGACGCCUCAUCCCCGAAACAGGCUGCGAACAGCGGCGCUCGCAGCCGCCCUCGUUCCGAACGCCCGCGACAGCCCCGGCGCAAGAGCCCUAAGGGACCUCGGCGCUCGCCCCAGACCAGUCGCGCCCCGAAGAACGGCUCCAGCUCUUCGUCUGGUGGAACGACUCGCCCUGUGCGUGGUUUGCCGCUGCAGCAGCGCAAACUGUAUCGCCACUUUGCUCGCCAGACGCCAAGAGUUCAAGGCCUCACGUUUGACCACAACCAGAUCCGCUGGAUCUCGUACUGGAAAAACGACCAAGGCCGGCAAAUCCAGCGUCACUUCCCCGUCAGUCGCCAUGGGUUUCUCGAGGCUCGGCGCCUGGCUCUCGAGGAGCGCAACCGCAUCUUGGGCUGGCCGCCUCAUACGGACGAAGCAGCAGAAGCCAUCGAAGCGCUCAAGGCUGCCGCAGACCCCUUCGUGCAGCAACUCCUCGUGUGUCCGCCGUCGAUGAGCGCGUCCGCCAGCGUCGCCGCCAGCCUCUCUGACGCUGUCUGCCCGCGACUCGACACCGGUGGUUUCUCUGCCUGCGCGCUGGCCGAUGGAGAACGCCCGCCGGACCGGGAGGCAUCCACAGCUUGGGCCGAAGAAGAAGAGAAGCCUCUGCGCAGAGGGAAGGAGACCCAGGCCGAGGAGGGAGCCGAGGCGACCGACAGAGGCUGCGGAGACGCUUCUGACGACGAAGGCGAAGCUGACGGGCCCCAGCCUGUGUUGGGAAGCGAGGACACAGAGCGCGAGGACACGGCCAAGCUCCGGAGCGGGACUGAGCAGGAGCCUGGAUCGCUCCGGAGACACCCUGCGUGGUGCGCUGGCGUCUCUGCUGAGGCUCCAGACGAAGGCGAGCGAUGUGGCGAAGCGAGGACGCUCGAAGAUGUGAACGUGGCUUCAGGCCUUCACAGAGCGGAGAAGAGUGAAGAGUGUCUUUUGCAGAAAAGCCCGGAGACAGCUCGGAAGAGCGGAGAGACGCAUGGCCCGAUCGCGUCCGCGAGCUCCACUUUCACCCAUUCUUCGGCCCUCGAGGGCCCUCCGCUUUCUGCUCCAGGGUGCCGCGUCUCUGCGCCCGCGACUCCUGAGCGAAACACAAGUUCACUCGCAGAUUCAACGUUUCCGCGUGGUUUCCCGACGCCUGACCGCUCUCAGGCAGGCUCCUCGACGCCUUCCUCCGCGGGCGGGCGCCCCGUUGCGGCCCCGUCCCUGCAUCCUGCCUCGGGUUAUUCCCCACUUUCGGAUCCAGCCUCGUCUUCUCUCGGUUCGCGUCCUGGCUUGACGUCGGCCGCCUCUUCUUUUUCGUCGUCGGACUUUUCAGCGGGCGCGCGCCUCGGGCCCGACGCGGAGCCGCCAACUGCCAAGGCGAAGGCCCCGCGGCGCUCUGCGAGCCGCCCAGCUGCGCGGAAGCACGGCGAGGGAGCGAGGAAAAGCAGCGGCUCUCGACGGCGAAAAGCGAAGGCCGCUGAGGUCGCACUCUCGCCUUCUGCCGGUUCUGGACUGCCGCCUUCGUACUCGAUUCCCCCCUCGACCCCCGGUUCGUUCCCCGUUUCCCCCGGCUUCUCUGCUGCCGAAACUGGCGGAUUCGAGGACGGAUCUCGCGCUUCGCUUUCGCCCGAACCCCCCCGUUCCGAGCCUUACGCUUCCCUUUCCGGAGGCGAGCCCUCUGGGCCGUGUCUCCCCUCGCUGCCUGCGCGGCCGCGCUGCCACGCCGCGACGCCCCCCGCACAGCCUCCCCACAACCUGCCGUUCGCCCCGCUCUCCGCUCCGGAGGGCGCUUCCCGGCCCGCGGCACACGGCCCCGCACACCGGCCUGGGUCUGGAGCUGCGCCGCCCCUGUCGCCGCGAGCAGAGUUGCCUCGUGUCCAGGGCUCUCCGUCCCCGCCCGGCUUCGACUGCUCGUCGCCCUAUCCGUCCGUCUAUCCACCUGCGUUCUCGUCUCCCUUUCCCGCGCACCAGCUGGACUUCAACGACCCUUUCACGAUGUUUGGCGAGUCGCCGGGGCUCUACUGGGAGCAGCUGCAGUUACAGCAACUCGAACAACAGGCCGAAGUUCUGGCCGGGAAGGCCAUGUCUCGCAAGAGGAAGCGACGCGAUUCGAAGAGUGCCGGGCGCCCCAGCCGAGCGGCGCGAGGGCCCCAGCCGGCGAAGCCCCGAGAGAGGAAGAAAGGAGCAAACAGGAGCGGAGCGGGCGAGAAAGACAAGGCUCUGGCGAACGCGGAAGCUGCGGCCAGCGAGGCGCAGCAAUGUCCGUCCGAUUCGGCGGAGGGCGCGGCAGCGUCCGACGAGGAGACUCUGUGCCGUUCGGCCUUCCCGUUCUCUCGCUCGCCUUCCGAGGUGGAGCUCCAGCGCCCAGGAGACGCCGACCAGGCUUCGCCUUCGAGGACAACACCGCCCUCGCCACUCCCUGCAGCUCCGGAGCGCGAGGCCUUUCACCUUCCGCAUUCCGCCGCGUCUACAGCGCGUGCAGCGUCUCUGCCAUUCUUGUCGGUUCCCACCUCUGACCGCUUCGUCCGCGAAGAAGAGAAGGCUUUUCGACGCACCCCGGACUCGGCUCCAAGCGGAGAGACGCCCCUGUUCUACGCAGACGUCGAGACUGCCGCCGCGUCUUCCGGCGGCGUGGCAGCCACAAGCGACACGACAGGGUUCCAAGACAGCGGCGAGAGCAAGGCGCUCGCGUCGCGUCUCUCUGGCGAGGACAGGGCGAACUGGAGCGAGAGGUUCGCGCACCUGUCUGCGGCCCUAGGCGAGAAGUCGAACGGGACUCCCGCGUACGCCCGAAAGGGGCUGCCUUCCUUCGAGCCCAGCGCGCUUUCUCCUGGCUGCGCCUUGCCCGACAGCGCCGCCAUGCCGCCGUUCUUCUGCUCGGCUGGCCAGGCUCUGACGGGUUCCCGCGCGGCAACGACGGCGCCGGAGGCGCCCUUCCUCCCUACGACGACUGCCGACGGUUGCAGCGCGCAGCUUGCCUGUCCCUUCGGCGCGAAGACCGGUCACGCGUUCAAGCGGCGCAACUCCGCUCUCUUCUCGCUCUCGCGGUCCUCCACGAACUUCGAGCUCGUCCCGACGCCUGCAGAGGCUCGCGAAGAGGCGCGCGCGUGGCGAGGCGAGCAAGAAGAAGGAAAGGCGACGGGGCUGCACGAGGGGCCGAAAGAAGCCGCGGGGACAGAGAAGGCCUUUCCCGACUGGCUGGCCGCGGGAGACGAAGGCCCGACGGGCGCGGCGCGAAGACGCCAGGGCGCGUUCGAGGCGCCAGACGAAGGGCGAGACGGGACGGGGGAGCUAGGCGCGAGCGUCGCCGGAGGGCAUCCUGGGGAGUUCGAGAGAGACAGGCCGCGGGGUCUUGCCACGAGUCUGCUGCCGACUGGAGUCAACGCGUCGCUGCUCAGGGUGCCGACUCUCCAACGGACCGACACCACCACGACCGAAGACGCGCACUCGGCGCUCUCGUUCCUGCCGUCUCUGCCGCCGCUGCUUUUCCAGGAUGUUUCUCUUUCCCCGCGGAACGCCUCGCCGCCCCCCGACGCGCUCUCCCAGACAGGCGAGAACAGACCGCGUUCUGCGCUCGCGCCGCCCGCAGAGCUCGCCGCGCUGGAUCCCGCGGCGACCUCCCGCCUUCCCGACGCUGCCAAACACGACGCGAAGGCGUGGGCGCACGAGCCGUUCUUCUCGCCUUUGAUUUCCUUCUCGUCCUGCUCCGGGGCGAAGCUGCGCCGGACCAUCUCGACCGACGGCUGCGUGCCGUGCGGGGCGGAUCGACUCGACGCGAACACAGCUCUCUCGCGCGUCCCGUUCCCCGACGGCGAGGAAGACAAGAGACGCGAGCGAAGGAGGAACCAGCGACGCCGAUCAGGCACCAUGUCUCUCGCGCGGCGCUCGUCCUGGGCCUCGGCCGCCGGCUGGUCUCCGCGUCUGCACUGCGAUUCGCUCUCGCCCGUGGUCGCGCCCGCGGCGAAGAGUUCGCUGUUCCUGCCUCCGCGCGAAGGCCGAAGCGAGGGAAAAGAAGUUUCUGUCGGAUCCCGCGAGGACACUCUUUCGUCCUCCUUCCCGGGCGCAAAGCACGAGACUCUGGACUCUGCGCCCGCGGCGGACUUGCUCGGCCUUCCGGCUCUCCGACCGCAGCUGUCUCUUCUGUCUCCACGUCGCCUCUCUUACGCCGGAGACAGUCCCUUUGAGUUCUUCACCCCCGCGCACCCCCCGACCUACAAAGCUCCUCCGCAACACCGGAGCCCGUCUGCGCCGGCCAUCAACAAGCCGCGUCUGUCGUCUUCUCUCGCGUCUCUUCCGGCGCUUUCUUCGCUGUCCUCCUCUCUCUCGUCUCUCUCGACUUCUCUCUGUUGCGCGUCUUCGUCGGCCUUGUCAACGCAUCCAGGCAUGACGCGGCUCAUCUCGUUGGGCGACGCCCGAACCGUCUCGACCGUUUCGACUGCAGGCCUCAUGGAAGACAGCGGGCGGCGCGAUACGGCUUUUCUGACGCGGGAAGAGACCGGCGAGCUGUCGGCGUUUGAAGAGCCCCUCGAGAAACCUUUUCUCGACGUCUCGGACAGCGGCUUCGCCCUCCACCCUUCUCUGCGGCCGCCGACCGCUGAGCCUCCCCACACCGGCGAAAACUCGCCUGCGUCUGCAGCUCUGCCCGCGUUUGCUUUUGCCUCUUCGCUCGUCUCCCCCGAGUCACCCUUCGCGCCCGCUGGGACCAGCCUCGAGUCGCCGGCUCUUCCCUCUCUCGUGCUCCCCGCGGCCCCCAGGCUCGCCCGCACCUCGGUUCUCUCCGCCUCCGGCUCAGAUGUUCUCUCGCCGUCUCGGGCCCUUGCACACCUGCCUUUCCUCGACUUGGCUCUCGACAAAGCAGAUGGCCGCAGAAACUCAGCUGCGAUGCCUUUCCUCUCGUCGCUGCUCUCGCCUUCCCACGAGCGUCUCUUUCCCCGGCUCUCUGCAGCCAGUGCAUGCAACGCACCCUUCCCGCCUCUGUCUCCGCGUCUCGCCUCGAAGCGCAGGCGCAGCAGCAACCUCGCAGUGUUCUGCCUCCCCGCAGAACCGUGUCUGUCGCCCUGUCCGCCUUUCUGA